AUGAAGCAGCUGGUGGACGUGCCGGGGCAUGAGUACUUCUCCUACCUUGGCGAGAAGACACAACAGGAGGCAGCAAGAAGGGCCAAGGUGGAUGUUUGUGGAGCGGGAUGGCCUCACGUGCCAGAACGCUGCCAAGGUGGACGCCGAGAACAAGGUGCUCUCUGUGCGGCAGCAAGGCGAGUCGCUCAAGGAGAAGGCCAAGGGGAAGGCUGGGACUGGCAGGCCAAGGUCGCUGAGGUUGAGGCCGCCAAGGCUGUCGCCAUCCGCGAGGCCGAGCUGCAGAUGGAGGUUCAAGAAUCGAACACGCUCUUCUACAGCUGGCAGAAGGCGGCGGAUACGACAUUGUAUAAGGAGAUGAAGGCGGCGGUGAGGUAA